UGAAAUCAACCGAGCUAUUCGUAUGACGGAGGCGAACUACGAAAACAUGAUGUACCGUGAGGCCUUGAAGACCGGGUUUUACGAGCUCCAAGCAGCACGUGACAAGUACAGAGAAGUGUGCACUAAAGGCAUGCACAGAGAUCUUGUGUUCAGAUUCAUCGAGGUCCAGACACUCCUGCUCUCUCCCAUUUGUCCCCACCUUUGUGACCACAUCUGGCGAAAGAUAGACAAAAGUGGAAGCAUCGUGGACGCGUCAUGGCCUGUUAUCGGAAAAGAAGACGAAGUUCUCUUACAAGCAUCUGCAUACUURGAGAAUAUUACUCACGAUAUGCGACUGAGGAUUAAGAACUUAAUAGCACAACAGGCCAAGAAGCACAAGGGAGGCUCACCACCACCCAAGCCAAACCAUGGUGUCAUCUACGUGGCUAGUUCAUUCCCUGCCUGGCAGCACACUACACUCACGAUCAUGAAGAAUCUGUACAAUGCUAACAAUGGAUCGUUCCCAGACAAUCGAGAGAUUAUGACCGCUCUGAAAGAUAAACCAGAGGUUAAGAAAUACAUGAAGAAGCUGAUGUCUUUUGUGCAGUUUGUGAGGGGCAGUGUGGAAAAAGAUGGAUUGUCAGCCAUGGACACAACUCUGCCAUUUGACGAGAAACAAGUUCUGCUUGAUAAUCAACAAUACCUUGAAAAAUCCCUAGGGCUGUCACGUGUUGAAAUCAAAUCAUCCAGUGAAGCAGAUGCAAAAAUCCAAGAAGAUUCAGCUCCUGGGAAACCAAUUACAGUGUUCACGACUCAAGAAGGUUUGACAAAUGGCAUUGCAAACGAUGUUGACAAGACUCCUCUGGCCGCAGACACAACUCCUCUUGUGACCCCUGUAUGUAGAUACGUCAAUGUUCAGCUAGUAGGGACAAAACCAGCUUGUGGAGCCAAAGGACAAAUUGCUACAAUACUACUGGAGAAUCCUAAGGGAGAGUUUAUUCUUACUCAACAUCAGUUAGUUGAUCAGGUUAAAUCUGUGUUUGGGCUUCGUGAUAGGAAGCUAGCGCUGUGCUCUUCUUCAGCAUGUGAUGAAGUUCUCAGUGGAGAAGUUCUACAUCUACAUGGCAAGACUAUCUAUGCAUGUAUCAAAAUAUAGUUAAUUUUACUCUGUACAGGUAGACUGCAAACCAUAUAUCCGUGUGAAAAAGUUAACAAAAUUACGUACAAAUUAGUGCAAAGUUUUAAAGGUAUACAAUCUACUGAGGUCUACUGAACUUACUAAUUUGUGUGGCUUUGUACAACGUUUUCACGAAUAUAUUGAAUGCACUCCUAGUGUCCAUGUCAUAAAUAACAAGCACAAGUAAAAUCAACAGAAUUCAUCGUGACUUUAUUGAAAACCAUUUUGGCGUUCCAGUUGCCAGACUUCGAUUCUAAGAAACCACUUUGAAUACGGGUGCUAAGCAGCCAAGCAAUAUUUUCUCUUCGAAGACAACCUCGUAUUUUUACAUAGAAAUGUAGUCAAAUCAUUAUUACAUUACAGUUUCCUUUCUUAAACACUUCUAUUCAUAGCCCAGUAACUUUGCUUCCAAAACAAGAUUAACACAUAGGUAGUAUAAAUCGUCUGUCAAAAACUUAUUCUCAGUUUAAAAACUUUAAUGGAAUACAUGCUUCCUAUCAACUUAUCUCUGCAGUAUAAUAAAAUAUAUCAAAUAGCUACUUCA